AUGACAAUAGCAGCCACCCUUUGCUACUGCCCACCAAACAAAUUUUUGAGGACAAAUCAACCUAAACAAAGAUACUAUGAAAAUACUUCAUUUUCCUCUAGUCUAUCUGCUUCAAGAUCAUUCACUUGUGGAUUUGUUCCUUUCAAACUUUGGGUGGCAAGUGCAACGGAUGGAUUCGUAGGAACUCCUCCCAGAAAUGAAAUGAGUGAUGAACAAGUUAAAGUGUUUGAAGAAGCAGCUUUUGUUGAUAGAUCAUCAGAGUUUCAGCCAAAGUUUUUGUUCCAUGAAAUGGAAUCAACUCUUAAUCAUUUGAGCAAGUGGAUAGUAAUCUUCUUCUUUGGUGUUUUCAUUAUUUGGAGGCAUGAUGCCGAAGCUUUAUGGUUUGCAGCAGGGUCCAUUAUAAAUAUAAUGUUUUCUAUAUUACUGAAACAAAUAUUGAAUCAGAAAAGACCUUCAACCAUGAAAUCUGACCCUGGAAUGCCAUCUUCACAUGCUCAAUCCAUCUUCUUUACUGUCAUGUUUAUUAUCUUGUCAAGUGUUAAAAUGUCAAGAAUAGACACCAUUAUUAUCAGCUGUGGCCUGGCUUUGGCCUUUUGUUCUUAUUUUUCAUACCUGCGGGUGUCACAAAAAUUUCAUACAGUGAGCCAAGUGGUUGUUGGAGCUGGUAUAGGAUCCAUUUGCUCUGUCUUGUGGCAUUGGCUAUGGAAUGCUUUUAUGCUAGAUGCUUUUGUAUCCUCUUUGUGGGUCAGAAUCAUUGUUGUUUUGGGGUCUGCAGGAAUUUUCUUAUGUUUUCUUUUACAUUUGAUUCUCCUGUGGCUUAAAAAUAAAGACAAUUAA